UGUGUGCUUACGUAGGCUUGAACCAACCCAUUUCAACCAAUAACCAAACGUGACAUCCACCCAUCAAUCAAUCUCCAACUUUUAGUGGCACAGAGCUAAGAUUCAUUAGGACACGCCCACUUUUCAAUGUUCAAAUCAAAUUCCUCCCAAUGUGAUGUCCCACCACUCUAUCCUGUUUCACUCAGAAAUACAGCAUGAUACGGAAGUAAGAUACUCUGGAAAUGCUGUUUCAUCUGGACUUUAAUGUAAAAUAGUACAAAACUAUACUAAAUUAGUUUAUAAAUGACCCAAAGACACUAUGUCAAGUAAAUAUAUGUCCACUCUGCCUGCCAUAGAACGUGCAACAUAAGUCGAAAAGAUUAAUUUGAUCCAUCUUCAGUCACGUCCCUUCAGGGUGAAGAGUGGCCCCUCCCAUAGUGGAUGGGUGCAUAGGGUAAAGAGUUUAAUGAAAUCUGAAAGAGAAAGUGGGCAUUGAUGAAAAUAAAAGGGACAUUCUAAUCUCCUCCUGUGUUACUUGUGUUAAAAAAAUAUAUAACCAAGUACUGGGUGUGACAGUUGUAUUUGGUUUAUAUGAACUUGUCCAAUCACUUUUGAUCCUCUGAAACUGUCAGUUUGUCGAUACAAAUGGCUACAGUUAUCACAGUUAAGUUUCCCUGAUAUAUCUACAAAUAUCUUCAAAUGCUGGAGUAUAGAGCCAAAAUAACAAAAAUUGUGUCAGUGUCUGAAUACAUAUGGACGUCAAUGCAUAUGUACAAAGAAAGUGCACAUUCUCAAAUUUUCACACAGGGACAACACCUUUUGACAAUAUAUUUUGUAAUGUUUUGGAUUUUUUCAAGUGUAGAUACCACCUUUGAUAAACUCACCUGUAGCAGAACUGGAGGUCUGGACAGAUGGAGCGGUCUGCUGCUGCAUAGAGAUAGUUCUCUUCUUCUUCUUCCUGCAGGUUGUACUUCAUUGUGUCCAGUACAGACGAGGGAGAAUGACCUUUCUCAUACAGCUCUGUCAGUGUAAUUAUGGCGGUAGCUGACACAUCCCUUUUGCGCAGAACAUCAGCACAGGCCAACCGGUGAUUGUGCUUGUUCCUCUAGUUCACAUGGAGGAAGUAACCCUCUGCCAUGUGUGGGUCUCCAGAUCUGUGGCAAGUGGAAAAGUACAGUACAUUGGAGUAAUAAAAGAUAAAUCGUCCCUCAGCUGUUGCUCUUCAUCCUCAGAGCAAUGAUGAUGAGUCUGCAGCUGCUGCUUGAGCUCCUCCACCUGCCUCUCCAUUUCUUUGUAUCUAUACAUCUUUUUUUUUUUUUAACACAAUCAAAUAUGUUACAUACAGCCUUACACAUGCACUAUGCAGUAUUAAAACACAGGAUUUUGACAAUUCAGUGCAAUGCCACAGACUCUCUUUCAUAGCAGCCUACUCAAGAGGAAUCUAGAAAUCUUAAAAACCUUGUUGUUGCAGUCUGUUGCCCUUUGAUGCCCCAGUGGUGAGUGCCCACUGCCCCUCUGGCUCACCAUCUGAAUGGUCUUUAUUGUGCAGCUGUGAGUGGGCCUGAUUGGCUUUGUUCAGCUGCUUCUUCAGCCAUAAUAUUCUUUCCAGCGGUGCCCUCACACAGGCCUCUCUCUGCUGGUCAUAUUCCAGCCACUGCUUGUUCUUCUCCAAGGGCCUCUCCAAGGCCUCAGGGGACUGAAUAAAAGAAUGAGAGGCACAUUACAGAGGCAGACAGACGUGCCAGGGGGAUGGCUCCAGAGCACACACAAGUAAAAAGCUCCAAAUCUUGAAUAGUAUCAGGUGCACGGUUGUGGCAAGGAUGAAACAAACAAAACACUGACACUUCACAAUCUUCUUAUUAUUUAUUGUGGACAGAAAUGGAGGCGUUUCAGCCAGAGGCCAUUAUCAGUGUAAUAAAAAAACAGAAGAAAUGACAAUAUAUAUAAACAAGCGAGGUUCAAACACCAAUCAAGGAAGAGAAUACAUAAUUGUAUAAUAGGAUCCAUCUGCGAAUGAACCACCCUGAUGCAGCCUCUUCAAAUGAAGGUGUGAUCUCAGCAAUCAGUGAAAACAAUGACUGGUGUUAUGAGCCAAAGGGCAUUAUAUACAAAACUUAAUGCCCAUGACCAGAAAGACAGUAUAUAGAGGGCAAUACAAUCUAGAUUAAUAAAUAGAGAUGCUCAUAAAUGCAAAAACAGUUGUCACAAAACAUAAUAAAGAGAUAACCUUCAUAAUGUGCAUAUAUUCAAUAUAACCUUUAGAGAGGAAAAUAAUAAUAAAAGUAAUCUAUGCUUAAAACGAUCCAAAAAGGCAUUAAUGACUAAUCAAUGUUAAUAUAGAGGGCUCGAAGUACUAAGUAAAUAGAGAAAUCUCUGAAACAGGAUAUGUCUUUAAUGGGGACACAUAACAUAGAAAAAGAGAAAGAUUAAAUAUUUAGGUAUGACUUUGAAUUUCAACUUGACUUUUGAUAGCCGUGUUAAAAAGAUGAAUAAAAAAUGAAAUAUAACAUGGUUAAAUUUAGACAUAUUAGGAACUCAUUAACAAUAAAAGCAUCAAAAAUAUUUUUGAAUGCUAUGAUUUUUUUCUCAUCGUCAUUGUUGUAUAUCCUGCUGAUCCCAGGCCAGUAAGACUGUGCUGAAACCAAUUGAAAUUCAAAAAUCACAUUAAAGGCAAGAAUCAGACAGAAGAAAAUGAAUGGACGAAGGUCUCUGGUAGAUUGAAGUGUUGCUCAGUUAGAAUUACUGGGAGCUAUUAUAGAGUGUGCGGCUCUUUUGUCUGAUUCUUGCCUUAAGUCGGUGUACUAAGACACAAUAAACUGCACUGCAUUUUCAAUUUGAAUGUGGUUGGGCUGUUAAUGUAAAUCUGUAGAAUUGAAUUGGCACCAUUAUUAUUUUUUUCUUUACUUCACCUGUGAUGUUAUGUUAUCUAGGGUUUUAAUGGUGCAAGAUGCAAAAGGCAGUAUUGCUGACACGGUCGUUUAUACCUUAUAAGGUAUAUAGGUGUGCUUGAAUAUAAAAAAACUCAGAAAGUUUACUGUAGAUUUGCAUGUUUUCGACUAAUAUGAAUCUGCUCCACUGGGGGGCGCUGCAGCACAAGAAAAGACCAGAGGACAAACCCCCGCCGAUUUGCCUGGAUGGUGAAUCAACCCACAGUACUGCACAGUGAUGAGAAACAAAAUGAACUAAAGUUCCCUCUGCCAGGGCUGCGUCUCUUUCUCUCUGCGGAAUAUGGUCCACUUCUAUGAGUAAAUUUGGACAUCAUAAAGAUGCUGCGGGUCGUUGUUGAGUCCGCUAGUGGGAUCCCCAAAAAGAAACUUGGAAACCCUGAUCCAAUAACUACUAUUAUCUUCAAAGGUGAAAAGAAGAAAACCAAAGCAAUUGACAGUGAAUUAAACCCUGUAUGGAAUGAAGUGCUUGAAUUUGACCUGAAAGGUUCUACCUUGGAUGCGUCCUCAUUCAUCGAUGUGGUGGUGAAAGACUAUGAAACAAUCGGCAAACAUAAGUUCAUAGGCUCAGCAAAGAUCUCUCUUAGAGACUUGGCCAGUGGUAACGUGAGGUCCCUCCCAUCCAAGAAUGUGCCCUUGAUUAAUGAAAAACAACAGGCCGUUGGGGCAACCAUUGAUUUGCUCAUUGGGUAUGAGCCACCUGCCAGCAGCACUCCAAACUUAAAUAAUCAACCUGAUGGAGACAUGUCUCUGAUGGACGCUGGAGGCAAUGAGGAGGGGGAGGAGGGGGAGACAGAAGUGGACAGAGGGGGUCAGGGUGGAAGUCCAGGAGCUGCCAUCUCACCAAACCAGCCUGGGAAACCUAGCCACAAGCCAAUCCGUCUCAGUCGUAAGAGGCAUAGAGCUCUGGCCAAUAAACCCCAGGACUUCCAGAUUCGCGUUCGAGUUAUUGAGGGUCGACAACUGCCUGGCAACAACGUCAAACCAGUGGUGAAGGUGAAUGUUUGUGGACAGACCCACAGGACUAGAAUCAGAAGAGGAAAUAACCCCUUCUUUGACGAGAUGUUUUUCUACAACGUUAACAUGCUCCCCUCAGAGCUGUUUGAUGAGAGCAUUAGUCUUAAGGUUUAUGACUCCUUCUCCCUCAGAGCUGACAGUCUAAUGGGAGAGUUCAAGCUGGAUGUUGGCUACAUCUAUGAUGAACCUGGUCAUGCCAUAAUGAGGAAGUGGCUCCUCCUGAGUGAUCCUGAUGACUCCAGCUCAGGGGCCCGAGGUUACCUUAAAGUCAGCAUAUUUGUUGUGGGGACUGGGGAUGACCCACCGACUGAAAGGAGAGCGAUAAGUGAGGAGCAGGACGACAUAGAGAGCAACCUUUUGGUGCCAGCUGGUGUCACAAUGCGAUGGGCCACACUCAGCCUCAAAGUCUACCGUGCAGAGGAUAUGCCACAAAUGGAUGAUGCCUUUGUUCAGACAGUGAAACAAGUCUUUGGAGGGGAUGGAGAUAGGAAAAACUUGGUGGAUCCAUAUUUGGAAGUCAGCUUUGCUGGGAAAAAGGUGUGCACUAAAAUCAUUGAGAAGAAUGCUAAUCCAGAGUGGAAUCAAGUCAUCAACCUCCAAGUCAAGUUCCCUUCCAUGUGUGAACGCAUCAAGUUGACUAUGUGUGACUGGGAUCGUCUAACCAAGGAUGAUGCCAUAGGAACGACUUUUUUAGAUCUGAGCAAACUGUCCUCCUCUGGGGGAGAGAUUGAAGCAGACACACGGGCUGAAAAUGGCAACAUGCUAUCUGAAUUGAGCACUGUACCGUCUGAGGUUGGUUUUCUCCCAGCGUUUGGGCCAUGCUACGUCAACCUGUAUGGCAGCCCAAGAGAAUUUACUGGCCUCCCUGACCCGUACGAGGAUCUCAACUUUGGCAAGGGUGAAGGGGUCGCCUACAGGGGGAGGGUCCUUGUUGAGCUGUCGACUCAGCUGGAUGGGAAGGUUGACAAUACUGUAGAAGACAUCUCCAGUGAUGACAUCCUGGUGACACAGAAAUACCAGCGAAGGAGGAAGUACUCUCUCUGCGCUGUGUUCCACAGUGCAUGCAUGCUCCAAGAGCCAGGCGAGCCAAUCCAGUUCGAGGUUAGCAUUGGUAACUAUGGUAACAAGCUGGACUCCACCUGCAAGCCCCUGGCGUCCACCACCCAGUACAGUUUUGCUGUGUUUGAUGGUAAUCACUACUAUUACCUGCCCUGGGCUGACACGAAGCCUGUAGUUAUUCUAACUUCAUACUGGGAGGAUAUCAGCUACCGUCUGGACUUUGUCAACAUUCUCCUCUGCAUCACUGAGAGACUGGAGUCCCACCUCACCUCUUUAAAAACAGCCAUCGUAGCCAAGGUGCCUGAGACACGUUUGGCAGAGAUUUGGCUCAAACUUAUCAACCACAUGAUUGAGGAUCUUAACAGUUUACAGCUUCCAGCGCUGGAGGGCCAGACCAACGUGACUGCACUUGAUCUCCAAAUAAAAAACUUGCGUGCUGCUGCUCUGGAUAGUCUCAGACAGACGGCCAGUCGCAUGAAGGAAGAGGCCACAGAUGUCAAAGCUACUGUUGGUGACAUUGAAGACUGGUUGGACAAAAUCAAACAGUUGGCAGUGGAGCCUCAGAACAGCAUGCCAGAUGUGAUCAUCUGGAUGCUGAGAGGAGAGAAGCGUGUGGCUUUUGCUCGAGUCCCAGCAAACCAGAUUCUGUACUCCACCUUCAGUGAACAAGCAUGUGGCAAACACUGCGGACAGACUCAGACCAUCUUCAUGCAGUACCCAAUGGACAAAAACAAAGGUGUGAGGAUCCCUGUUCAGCUGCGGGUCAACAUGUGGCUCGGUCUCUCUGCCCAUGAGAAGAAGUUCAACAGCUUCUCAGAGGGAAACUUCAGUGUAUAUGCUGAAAUGUACGAGAACCAGGCCCAGGUGUUUGGGAAGUGGGGAACCACUGGCCUGGUUGGGCGCCAUAAGUUCUCCAAUGUGACUGGAAAAGUGAAACUCAAACAAGAACGCUUUCUGCCACCGCGUGGAUGGGAAUGGGAUGACGACUGGUUUGUGGACCCUGAGCGAUGCCUGUUGACAGAAGCAGAUGCGGGCCAUACAGAGUUCACAGAUGAAGUCUUUCAGAACGAAACACGUUUCCCUGGUGGGGAGUGGAAGCCUGCUGCAGAGCCCUACACAGACGUGAAUGGAGAAAAGACUCAGAGCCCAGGGGACUUUGAGUGUCCAUCUGGAUGGGCCUGGGAGGAUGACUGGAGUUUUGACAGCAACAGAGCUGUAGAUGAGAAAGGUUGGGAAUAUGGGGUUACCAUUCCUCCGGAUGAUAAACCCAAAUCCUGGGUUGCAGCAGAGAAGAUGUACCAUAUCCAUCGCAGGAAGAGGCUCAUAAGACCGAGGAAGAAGAUAUCUGAUAAAGUGGCUCCUGUUGAGAGGCGAGAACCAGGGGAAGGCUGGGAAUACGCUUCCCUGAUUGGCUGGAAGUUCCACAGGAAGGAACGCACCUCUGACACAUUCCGCCGCCGCCGCUGGAGAAGAAAGAUGGUUCCAUCAGACUGCAUCGGGGCCUCAGCCAUCUUCAGACUGGAGGGGGCAUUAGGGGUUGAUGUGGACGAGAAAGCCAGUAAAACAGAUACGGCCAAGCGAUUUGGUGCCAACACACCCACUGUUUCCUGCCACUUUAACCGGUCUUACAUUUACCAUCUGAGAGUGUACGUAUAUCAGGGGAGGAAUCUCUGUGCCAUGGACAAAGACAGCUUCUCAGAUCCUUAUGCCCAUGUGUCCUUCCUGCACCUGAGUAAGACCACGGAAGUCAUAAGGGCCACUCUGAACCCCACGUGGGAUCAGACUCUAAUCUUUGAGGACAUUGAAAUCUAUGGAGACCCACAAACCAUUGCCCGCAACCCACCUGAUGUAGUUUUGGAGCUGUAUGACAGCGAUCAAGUGGGUAAAGAUGAGCCCAUGGGUCGCUGUACAUGCCCCCCAGUAGUGAAACUGAACCCCAGUGUGGCUGUCAGCCCAAGGCUGCUGUGGUUCCCAGUCACCAAAAAGGGACGCAAUGCUGGAGAAGUACUGCUGGCUGCUGAGCUUCUACUGAAGGACAAGGUGAAUGAGGGAGAUCUGCCCCUGGUCCCUCCUCGGCGGGGGGAGAAUCUCUACAUGGUUCCCCAGGGAAUCAGGCCUGUAGUGCAGCUCACUGCGAUUGAGGUCUUGACUUGGGGCUUGAGGAACAUGAAGACCUACCAGUUGGCCACAGUUUCCUCUCCCAGUUUGAUAGUGGAAUGUGGUGGUGAGAUUGUUCAAACAGCUGUCAUCAAGAACUUCAAAAAGAACCCCAACUUCCCAGGAUCUGUGCUGCAACUCAAAGUGCUUCUUCCCAAAGAGGAGAUGUACACCCCUCCCAUCGUCCUGAAGGUAAUCGACCACCGACCUUUCGGUAGGAAACCUGUAGUAGGUCAGUGCACCAUUGACUGCCUGGAGGAGUUCCGUUGUGACCCGUAUCGCAUUAACAGUGAAAUCUGCAUGUCUGCUAGAGUGGCAAUGAUAGCAGCUGCACAGGGAGAUGUUGUCAUAGACAUUGAGGGGAGACCAAUCGUGACAACUGAGGCUCGAGCUGAAAAGGAAGAGGAGACAGUAGACUGGUGGAGUAAGUUCUAUGCCUCUGUUGGACAGCAGGAGAAGUGUGGGCCUUACCUGAAAAAGGGAUAUGACACAUUACAGGUAUUUAACAGUGAACUAGAAGAGGUUGAGCAAUUCCAGGGUCUCACUGAUUUCUGCAGCACUUUCAAACUCCAGCGAGGAAAGACUGAAGAUGAGGAAGAUGAUCCCUCGGUGGUGGGAGAGUUCAAGGGCUCGUUCAAGAUUUACCCACUGCCUGAUGACCCAGGGGUGCCAGCUCCACCCCGCCAGUUCAGAGAGCUUCCUGAGAGCGGACCUCAGGAGUGUCUGGUCAGACUUUAUGUGGUGCGCUGUAUUGACCUGCAGCCUAAGGAUACAAAUGGCAUGUGUGACCCAUACAUUAAGAUUACGUUGGGAAGGAAAACAGUGGAUGACAGAGAUAACUACAAACCAAACACUCUCCAUCCAGAGUUUGGGAGGAUGUUUGAGCUGUCCUGCUUCCUGCCUCAAGACAAGGAUCUGAAGAUUUCUGUGUAUGACUAUGACUUAUUGAGCAGAGAUGAAAAAGUCGGUGAGACAAUCAUCGAUUUGGAGAACAGACUUCUGUCCCGUUUCAGGUCCUGCUGCGGACUGCCGCAAACGUACUGCGUCUCAGGGAUUAAUCAAUGGAGAGACCAGCUGAUGCCCUCUCAAAUCCUCCAGAAUAUGGCCAGGGUGAGAGGUAUCCCUCCUCCACGCAUAGAAGGAGACGGCAGCUCACUGUCUUUCUCAGGAAAACAAUACAACUUGCAAGAUUUUGAGGCAAACACUGUGAUCCACUCACACUUGGGCCCACCCAGAGAGAGACUGGCCCUGCAUGUCCUCAGAAACCAGGGCUUGGUACCAGAGCAUGUUGAGACCAGAACCCUGCACAGCUCCCACCAACCCAACUUGUCCCAGGGACGAAUUCAAAUGUGGGUGGACAUCUUCCCCAAGAAUUUUGGUAUGCCAGGGCCUCCAUGUGUUAUCACCCCACGCAAAGCCAAGAAGUACUUCUUGCGAGCCAUUGUUUGGAACACAACUGAUGUCAUUUUGGACGAAACAAGCAUCACUGGAGAAAACAUGAGUGACAUCUAUGUCAAAGGGUGGAUGCCAGGUAUGGAGGAGGACAAGCAGAAAACUGAUGUUCAUUACAGGUCCCUGGACGGUGAUGGAAAUUUCAACUGGAGGUUCAUCUUUGGGUUUGACUACUUGCCUGCAGAACAGCUGUGUGUUGUCUCAAGGAAAGAACACUUUUGGAAUCUGGACAAAACUGAAUUUCGGAUUCCUCCCAAGUUGAUUGUCCAGAUAUGGGACAAUGACAAAUUCUCGCUGGAUGACUACUUAGGCUCAGUUGAGCUGGACCUACUCAAUCUGAUCCCUCCUGCUAAGACCCCAGAAAAGUGCAACCUGAAGAUGUUGCCAGGAAUGGCAGGCUCAGUCUCCUCCAAGAAACCACAGCCCAACUCCCUCUUCUCCCAGAAGUCUGUACGAGGCUGGUGGCCAUGUGCAAUCGAGCAGGAUGGGAAACACGUGCUUGGUGGGAAAGUAGAGAUGACCCUGGAAAUAGUGGAGGAGAAGGAGAUGGAAGAGAGACCAGCUGGGAAAGGCAGAGAUGAGCCCAACAUGAAUCCCAGACUGGAGCCACCAAACCGCCCUGACACAUCAUUCUUCUGGUUUACAAACCCUUGCAAGACCAUGAAGUUCAUAGUUUGGCGCAGAUUCAAAUGGAUUUUCAUCGGGGUGAUUAUUCUUCUGCUGGUCCUCUUGUUCCUUGGGAUCCUGCUCUACUCUCUACCUAACUACAUCUCAAUGAAGAUUGUGAAGCCUUUCUCCUAAGGAGCACUGCAGAGAAGCUGUCUGUCCUGCUGCAGAACCUACAGUCCUAUUUACUGUUACUGUUACUCAGAAAUAUGCAAUAACUUUCCCUACUGAUGCUAUAGCAGACUGACACUCAGCAUUUUCCUAUCACGUUAUCAGAGCUGUUUUUAAUUUCUGCACUGCCAGUAUUACUUGUAUCUCUUGUAUAGCAAAAACUUUCUCAUAUGUUCAAAUUUAGAAAAAUGUCAAGAAUCUCACAUUUUAAUAAAACUUGUUGUUAUAUUUUG